GGAGCAGGGAGGGGGGCACGCCUGUGGUGUCGGGGCUGUGGAAGGGAAGGAAGCUAAAUCCCUGGCCUCCAGAGAGAUAAUGGUGUCGGGUUCAUCAUCCAGCUCCAAGUAUGACCCUGAGAUCCUGAAAGCUGAAAUUGCCACCGCGAAAUCCCGGGUCAACAAGCUCAAGAGAGAGAUGGUUCACCUCCAGCAAGAGCUGCAGUUCAAAGAGCGUGGCUUUCAGACCCUGAAGAAAAUCGAUAAGAAAAUGUCUGAUGCUCAGGGCAGCUACAAACUGGAUGAAGCUCAGGCUGUCUUGAGAGAAACAAAAGCCAUCAAGAAGGCCAUCACUUGUGGAGAAAAAGAAAAGCAAGAUCUCAUUAAGAGCCUCGCCAUGCUGAAGGAUGGCUUCUGCACGGAAAGAGGGUCCCACUCUGACCUGUGGUCCAGCGGCAGCUCUCUGGAGAGUUCAGGUUUCCCGCUGCCGAAACAGUACCUGGACGUGAGCUCCCAGACGGACAUCUCGGGAAGUUUUGGCACGAGCAGCAACAAUCAGUUGGCAGAGAAGGUCAGAUUGCGCCUUCGAUAUGAAGAGGCUAAGAGAAGGAUCGCCAACCUGAAGAUCCAGCUGGCCAAGCUUGACAGCGAGGCCUGGCCUGGAGUGCUGGACUCGGAAAGGGACCGGCUGAUCCUCAUCAACGAGAAGGAGGAGCUGCUGAAGGAGAUGCGCUUCAUUAGCCCUCGAAAGUGGACCCAGGGGGAGGUGGAACAGCUGGAGAUGGCCCGGAAGCGGCUGGAGAAGGAUCUGCAGGCAGCUCGGGACACGCAGAGCAAGGCCCUGACGGAGAGGUUAAAAUUGAACAGUAAGAGGAACCAACUGGUGAGAGAACUGGAGGAAGCCACCCGACAAGUAGCGGCUCUGCACUCCCAGCUGAAAAGCCUCUCAAGCAGCAUGCAGUCCCUGUCCUCUGGCAGCAGCCCUGGAUCCCUCACGUCCAGCCGGGGCUCCCUGGCCACCUCCAGCCUGGACUCCUCCACCUCAGCCAGCUUCACUGACCUCUACUAUGACCCCUUCGAGCAGCUGGACGCGGAGCUGCAGAGCAAGGUGGAGUUUUUGCUCCUGGAGGGGGCCACGGGCUUCCGGCCCUCAGGCUGCAUCACCACCAUCCAUGAGGACGAGGUGGCCAAGACCCAGAAGGCGGAGGGAGGCAACCGCCUGCAGGCCCUGCGCUCCCUGUCUGGCACCCCGAAGUCCAUGACCUCCCUGUCCCCCCGCUCCUCCCUCUCCUCUCCAUCCCCGCCCUGCUCCCCUCUCAUGGCUGACCCCCUCCUGGCUGGAGAUGCUUUCCUGAGCCCUCUGGAGUUUGAAGACCCGGAGCUGAGUGCCACUCUCUGUGAACUGAGCCUCAGCGGCAGCACCCAAGAGAAGUACCAGCUGGAUGAACCAGGAACGGAAGGCAGACAGUUGGGCCAAGCUAUGAAUACAGCCCAGGGGUGCAGCCUGAAAGUGGCCUGUGUCUCAGCUGCUGUGUCGGAUGAAUCCGUGGCCGGGGACAGUGGUGUGUAUGAGGCUUCCGUGCAGAGACUGGGUGCUUCAGAAGCCGCUGCUUUUGACAGUGACGAAUCGGAAGCAGUGGGUACAACCCGGGUUCAGAUUGCCCUGAAGUACGAUGAGAAGAAUAAGCAGUUUGCAAUAUUAAUCAUCCAGCUCAGUAACCCUUCUGCUCUGUUGCUACAACAAGACCAGAAAGUGAACAUUCGUGUAGCUAUCCUUCCCUGCUCCGAAAGCACCACCUGCCUGUUCCGGACCCGGCCCCUGGACGCCUCAGACACCCUCGUGUUCAAUGAAAUGUUCUGGGUGUCCAUGUCCUAUCCAGCCCUUCACCAGAAGACCUUAAGAGUCGAUGUCUGUACCACCGACAGGAGCCAUCUGGAGGAGUGCCUGGGAGGUGCCCAGAUCAGCCUGGCUGAGGUCUGUCGGUCUGGGGAGAGGUCGACUCGCUGGUACAACCUCCUGAGCUACAAAUACUUGAAGAAACAGAGCAGGGAGCCCAAACCAGUGGGAGCUAAGGUCCCCACCCCAGGGCCUGAAGGCACGGAUGCCGUGUCUGCUCUGUUGGAACAGACGGCAGUGGAGCUGGAGAAGAGGCAGGAGGGAAGGAGCGACACACAGACCCUGCAAGACAGCUGGAGGUACGAGGAGACCAGCGAGAACGAAGCGCCGGCGGAGGAGGAAGAGGAGGAGGAGGAGGAGGAGGAGGGAGAGGAGGAUGUUUUCACUGAGAAAGUCUCACCUGCUAGGGACGAGUGCCCAGCGUUAAAGGUGGACAAAGAGACCAACACAGAGACCCCGGCCCCAUCUCCCACAGUGGUGCGGCCCAAGGACCGCCGGGUGGGCGCACCAUCCCCAGGGCCCUUUCUUCGAGGGAGCACCAUCAUCCGCUCUAAGACCUUCUCCCCAGGACCCCAAAGCCAGUAUGUGUGCCGGCUGAACCGAAGUGAUAGCGACAGCUCGACGCUGUCCAAGAAGCCACCUUUUGUUCGAAACUCCCUGGAGCGGCGCAGCGUCCGGAUGAAGCGGCCUUCGCCGGUCAAAUCCCUGCGCGCCGAGCGCCUGAUCCGCACGUCACUGGACCUUGAGCUGGACCUGCAGGCGACCAGGACCUGGCACAGCCAGCUGACUCAGGAGAUCUCGGUGCUGAAGGAGCUCAAGGAGCAGCUUGAACAAGCCAAGAGCCAUGGGGAGAAGGAGUUGCCCCACUGGUUGCGUGAGGAUGAGCGCUUCCGCCUGCUGCUGAGGAUGCUGGAGAAGCGGAUGGACCGAGCGGAGCACAAGGGUGAGCUCCAGACAGACAAGAUGAUGCGGGCAGCUGCCAAGGAUGUACAUAAGCUUCGAGGCCAGAGCUGUAAGGAGCCCCCAGAAGUGCAGUCUUUCAGGGAGAAGAUGGCAUUUUUCACCCAGCCUCGGAUGAACAUCCCGACCCUCUCUGCAGAUGAUGUCUAAUCGCCAGAAAAGUAUUUCCUUUGUUCCACUGACCACGCUGUGAACACAGACUGUGGCUAAAGUUAUUUAUGUGGUGUUAUAUGAAGGUACUGAGUCACAAGUCCUCGAGCGCUCUUGUCGGUUUGAAGACGAACAGAUUUUUUUUUUUUUUUUAGUUUGGGUUCUAUUAUUAUUAAAAAACAAAAACAAAAAAAACAAAACCAGCAUUAAAAUGACAAGAUUGUAUAGUUUGUAUAUUUAGGAAUGUAUUUUUGAGAAAGAAAAUUUAAAUGAACUAAAGCAGUGUUAAGUUGCUGCUCUUCUUAAAAUUGUUUAGUUUUUUUUGUUUUUUUUUUUUUGUACAGCUCUACCUUCUAGAGGUUUCACUGCAAUAAAAAGUAAUGUUUCAGGGACGGUAAUCCUAAAAGGACGUCCCACAGGUGUCAACAGCACAGCUGACCUUUCCUACUUAACACAUUUUGUACAAUAUAAAAAAAAAAAAUGUCUGGAACCAUUUGGGGAAUUCUGAGAUGCAUUUGCAAGUCUUCAUGAGCUGUGAUGUGUUUGUAUGUGGCCGCCUGACGUGGGGCAGGCAGCAAGGAGCUGGCUGAGCAGCCCAGCCCGAGUGGCAACAGGCCUGCCCACGCCAGUCUCGGAUGCCCAGUGAAGCCACUGAAGUGAGUGAGGGAGGGCUGUGGAGAGCUCCUUUCAGUUUCAUCUCCAUCAAUAAAGUGGCCUUUCUGAACGAA